AUGCGUGAAAAAUCACUUCCUGAAUUUGGUAUUCAAAAAAGCGACCCCACCGGCAUCUUUUCGGAAGAAUUUAAUGAAAGGUUGGCAAAUUUAUUGCCUGCUGAAGAAUUGCGAGAACCUGAAGCAGUCACAAGUAAAGCUGAAGCUCCACCAUUUGCUGCCACAGUUUUUAUCGAGUUUCACGGAAAAGUGGCCAAAUUUGGACUAGCACUUACAACAAAAAAUGAUAUUCUUCAUAUAAUCAUAUACGAUGGAUCCAAACAGGUUCUUCUUCACGUUGACACAACGGACAAAUUUAUUCUUUCAAACGGAGUCGGUGAGCCAAUCAGCUAUGAAUGUUCCGUGUUAUAUGAUACUGUAAAACAUAAAAAAGAAGACGGUGAAAUGAAAAUUCCACAAGCUCUGCCCAAUAUUAAAUGUAAAAUGUCUUCGGAGAAGUCGGCGCAGCACCCGCUUCACGCCCAUUUCAUAGGACUUGCAAAAUCCGCUAAUCUGUUGGUUAGAACUGCCCCGGAUACUGUAAUGCAGGUUUACAUUAGGAAAAUUAAGUUUAAAGAUUUGGAAAAGAAGGGAGAAGAUUCGAAGGAACCUUCAGAGGAGCCAGAAGAAACAAGGGAAACUCAGACGAGCUUAAAAGAACGAAUAUCUAAAAUUGGGAAGAGCAUCUUUCCAGUAGAAGGUCAAUCUAAAAUGAGCGAAGUUGAAGCAGAAUGCGCCACCGAGACUCUUCUUCCCUCGGAUUCAACCAACUCUGCUCCUCUUCCGUCACUUUCUGCUGCCCCUGAGUUAGAUCUUUAUGCUACGAUACAUCGUAUAGUAGGCGUUGAAAUUGAUCGAAUGCAACUUCGAAUGGACGCAAAAUUCGAAUCUUUCAAAAACGAGGUAUUAUUGAGAUUGGACCGCCAAAACGAGCUUCUAGAGAAAAUUGCGUCUAAAAAUUCCUAA